CCUUCUUGACUUUAUCCUAUUACUGACAACUGCUCACUCACACUUCAUAUAUACAUUCAAUCGCCAUGUCUUCCUUCAAGAUUGAGAACAUGUUCUCUGUCAAGGCAAAAACAUGUAUCGUGACUGGCGCAGGAAGUGGUAUCGGCAAAGGUAUGGCCACGGCUCUCGCAACCAACGGAGCCAAGGUCAUUGUCUGUGGUCGACGAGAAGAGCAGAUCAAGGCUGCGGCAGAAGAGAUGAACACAGCAGCCAAGGAAUCUGGGAUGGGCGGUGAAGUCAUUGCAAUCAGAGCCGACGUAGGGAACAAGAAAGGCUGUAUCGAAUUUUUCGAACAGGCCUCAAAACUUAUCGACAAACUCGACUUUUUGGUCAACAAUGCUGGAUUCAGUGCCAAUUGGAAAGAUGUCUCUCCGAUGGGCGAUGCGGCGACACUCCCAGCCAAGCUCAUGACCAUCGACGAUGUCGACUGGGCCAACAUGUCCCUCGUUCACUGCGCGGGACCUUACUACCUCACGGUCCAGUUUAUCCCCUAUUUCCAGAAGUCUGAAGAUCCCAGCGUCUGCAACAUCACCUCACUCGCUGCGAGUUUCCUCAACAUGGGCUGCUGCGAGUUCUCCUAUGCCCAAUCCAAGGCUGCCGAAACUCAGCUCUCGAGACUGAUGGCGGGUGUAUUGAAGCCCUUCAACAUCCGAGUCAACUGUGUCAAGCCAGGCCUCUUCCCCUCUGGGCUCACCACUUUCCCUGGUACCGAGCAGCUGUACCCUCCCAUGCAGCAAGCCGCAGAGAAGCAGAUUCCUCGAGGCGCUCCGGGAACGUGGGAACAGAUCGCCGGAACCGUCCUGAUGAUGGCUUCGCCCGCUGGUGCAUAUCUCAACGGCGCUGAACUCAAGGUAGACGGUGGCUGGGAACUUUUCACCUGUGCUCGAGAUGUCUGAUUCACUUGUCAUGAAGAUAUUGUCCGCUUUCAGCUACUCAGCCACCAGACUGUCUUUCUUCGCGCGUACUCAAGAUACUAUGUCAUGCA